CACGCGGUUGACAAUUUUAAAUAAGUUCACAGUUAUCAAGGCAUUUCACGGCAUACAACCAGGGUAUUAUCGGUGUUAUUGGAUAGCUACGUGUUGCAAGAUUCAUAAAAAAGAAGAGGUCUACGUUACAAAAGCUUAAAAAGGAUGUUCUCCAAGGUGAACUUCAGCCUCAUCCGGGCAGGACCAGCACUGACCCGGAACGUGCACUCGGGAGUCCGGCAAGCCUCCACAGCUACCUCCAAGCUUAGGAAGGUACAGCGCCCCCUGUCAUCAGAAGAGGUGUUUGCCCGGGAGGAAAAGUAUGGCGCCCACAACUACCACCCACUUCCUGUGGCGCUGGAGCGAGCAGAAGGCUUGCAUGUGUGGGACGUCGAAGGCAACAGAUAUUACGAUUUCCUGAGCGCAUACAGCGCGGUCAACCAGGGCCACUGCCAUCCUAAGAUUAUCGCCGCGCUCAAAGAACAGGCCUCCAAGCUCACCCUCACCUCCCGGGCCUUCUACAACGACGUGCUGGGAGAGUACGAGGAGCUCAUCACAAAACUGUUUGGGUACCAAAAGGUCCUGCCUAUGAACACAGGUGUGGAAGCUGGAGAGACGGCCUGCAAGUUGGCCCGUAGAUGGGCGUAUGAUGUGAAGGGAAUACCCAAGAACAAAGCCAAGAUUAUUUUUGCGGAUGGAAAUUUCUGGGGCCGCACGAUGGCGGCUAUCUCCAGUUCAACUGACCCCAGCAGCUAUGAGGGCUUUGGCCCCUUCAUGCCUGGCUUUGAGCUCGUUCCCUACAAUGACCUGCCAGCACUGGAGUGGGCGCUGCAGGACCCGAACGUGGCUGCCUUCAUGGUGGAGCCCAUCCAGGGCGAGGCUGGGGUGGUCGUUCCAGACCCGGGGUACCUUACCAAAGUGAGAGAGCUCUGCACCCAGCACAACGUGCUGUUCAUUGCCGAUGAGGUGCAGACGGGCCUGGCCAGGACUGGGCGGAGACUGGCUGUGGAUCACGAAGCCGUGCGUCCGGAUCUGGUGCUCCUGGGCAAAGCGCUGUCUGGGGGAGUCUAUCCUGUGUCCGCGGUGCUGUGCGAUGAUGAAGUGAUGCUCACCAUCAAGCCCGGGGAACACGGCUCCACGUACGGAGGAAACCCUCUCGGCUGCCGGGUGGCUAUCGCCGCCCUGGAGGUCCUGGAGGAGGAGAACCUGGCGGAGAACGCUGACAAAAUGGGCCAGCUGCUGCGGUCGGAGCUGAUGAAGCUGCCCAGUGACGUGGUCACCACAGUCAGGGGGAAGGGUCUUCUCAACGCCAUCAUCAUAAAGGAGACUAAAGAAUAUAAUGCCUGGAAGGUGUGCUUGCGCCUGAGAGAUCAUGGUCUUCUGGCCAAGCCCACUCACGGUGACAUCAUCAGGCUGGCCCCUCCACUCAUAAUCAAGGAGGAUGAGGUCAGAGAAUGUGCCGACAUCAUUCAGAAGACAGUCCUGUCCUUCUGAAUCCACUGACCCCUGGUCAGUACCUCCAUGGACAACCUCCUCCUGCGGAUUUCAAAUGGACACCUUGCUGUGGACUAUGUAAUGAGUUAGAAAACUAUUUCACAGCUAAAUGUUUGUUUCAAUAUGCCUAUAUUAAAAUUUUGUGAAAAUAUAGAACUAGUGUAUACAGCAGAUCACGGGCCUCUAGGGUCCUGGGAGUCAGGUGUGAAGAUCCGGGAGAUAAUUACCUGGGAGAAAAGAAAGGCUGGUUCUAGAGGCCUGGUCUGCGUCUGCGUCAACCAGUUUGUUUUAGUUCAUUUUUAGUUGUUACAGGUCAAGAUAUUAUUCUGUUAAGUAAUUAAGAGCAGAAGUUGGCACUGAGAGGGAUAGGCCCUUGUUGGGCACCUCUGUCAUAUAGGCCUUGGGCCAUCUAAAGAGAAUGUGUAGCAGAUACUACACUUGAAAGAUACUACACUUGGAACUACACUAGUUAAUGUUAAGACAUUAACUAGUGUUGUCCUUAAUAAAUCAGACGUACAGUGCUUUAAAUUACAAAAGCAUGUGUGUAAUUAUGGGCUCUGUGAUAUCAAAUCCCAAAGUGAGUGCAGAGUAUAAGAUAAGAAAAUGCUUCUUGUCAAAAUGUUUGUACAAAGAAUCGUACACUUCUUACUUUUCAAUGAAAAUAUCAGCAUAAUGCUCUUUGGCCCACCCAGAAUCUUUUCAUUUUGAUAUGAAAGUUUAAAGGGGAAAAAGCAUGUAUCCGUUAAUCCGUUGCCUUUUGCAGUAACGCUUUUGUGUAUUCACAACACUUCUCUGUGUUUGUUACUGGGUACACUGCAAAAGCCUGACUUGGCAAGUUUCUUAGUUUUCUUUCUCUUCCUUCAUACCUUAUUUUUUAAACCUUAGCUUGUUUUAAGGUACUAUUUGUUUGACAAGUGAUAUUUUCUCACCCCGAUGGGAAAUCCUGAAAUUAAUAAAACUCACACCUUAUUAGCAAUAAGAAAAAAAAUAAAAUAAAAAAAUGUUCGCUGAGUUGGUUCACUGAGCUGGUUUUUCUUUUUGCAGUGCACACCCGUUUACCUAUUUCAAUAUGCUUUAUUUCAGAGCUUUGGGCUGCUGAGAGCAAAAUAAAUAUGGCGGGGCUAAUCCCCCCACAAAGACAAAAAGUCCUUGACUUCUGGCAGUGGUAUCACUGAAGCCGGCAAUUACGUAACUCGAUCAGUUACUGUAGCUGUUAUGGCACAGUUAUAAAGCGGCCUGUAGCGUAGUGGUUAAGGUACAUGACUGGGCCCCGCAAGGUGAGUGGUUUGGUCCCCGGUGUAGCCACAAUAAGACCCGCACAGCCCUUGAGCAAGGCCCUUAACCCUGCAUUGCUCCAGGGGAGGAUUGUCUCCUGCUUAGUCUAAUCAACUGUACGUCGCUCUGGAUAAGAGCGUCUGCAAAAUUCCAUUAAUGCAAUGUAAUGUAAAGUUAUCCUCCGGAUGAAAGUGCUGAUGGGGAACUGACACCAGUACAUGUUGUAGAUUGAGGCUGAACUUGACUGUUGCACUUUCUUUUCCUCCUUUUUUUUUUUUUUGCAACUGUGUAGCUUUCCAACACUGGAAUUUGGAAUAUACUGUUUGUGAUCAUUUCCUCUGUGGAUGUUAUUUCUUUGUCAUCUCGUGUUGUUCCCUAGUUUUUCUGUAAGGAAUGCUUUGGUUACAAUUCUGUAAAAAUGUUUUAACAACAAUAUUGUUGUUCCAAAAUAUUCUUCUAAUAAAUGAAGGAGAUUC